GAGCUUAGCCAAAUAUCGAAUCGCAGUCUAAAAUUUGAUGUCACAAUAAAAGGAACGAAAAUGAUUCUAAGAGUUUUCAUCAUCGUCGUUAUUACUCUCACAACAAUGACUGAGAGUAAAGAAAUUGACAUAACAAUGAAAAGCCAUCCAAUGUUUGAAUGUUUAGCGUCAUACGCAAGGACAAAAGGAAUUCAGGAUCCAACAUUUGAUGACGUUGAUUACGACAGCACGAAAGAAGAAUGUAUAAAGAUGAGACAACAUUUUAUUAGCGAAAUUCGUAAGGAAAUACGAUCGAAAAUAUCUGAAGCGGAAGUUCCUUUAAAGUUUUCAAAUUGCAUUUAUGACAAGCUUUCUGGAAGUGAAACAUUUGUUAAUUCAAUCAUUAAAGCUGCUGCUUUAGAAUACUCGGGAAAAUCUCAAGAAGCAGGUCAAUUGAACAACACUGUUGAUACAGUGCUUGAUUAUAUCAAAACUUUGGUGCUGUCGUGUAAAACUGAAGCUGAUUUUGGUGAUCAAUUUGAUUCAUUUUUUGUGAAGUCAGAGGAGAAAAUUAAGAAAAACGUGACUGACUACGAAGAAGAAUAUUGCUUGAAGAAGUAUUUGAUUAAGAAUAAUCUCAUUGACACGAUUUUAUACGUUGUACAGGCAAAUCCCCAAAACAUUAAUGUGACUGGAUUGAACUGCGAAGAAAUGAUAAAGGAAGCUAACGACGACAUUUAUGACCAGCUCGCCAUCGCUUAUCUCGAGAAUUCGAACUUCGGUAAUCCCGAGAAGGUUGAUUGUGCAAUAGAAAAGUUCCUGGUAGAUAAUGAAGAAGUUAAAAGAAAUGCAAGAAAUGGGUUAGUCGUGUUGUGGUCAUUGUUGUGUAAAGUUAGAUAUUUAAUGAUGAAGAUUUGUUAUUUGAUGCUCUUUGGAAUCAUUUUUUUAUGGUGCAAUGAAAAAGUUGAAGCAGAUGAGAAUCCAUCGUUCGAAUGUCUUGCUUCAUAUUCAAAGGCGAAGGGCUUCAAUGAACCGGAAUUCGACGGAGUGAACUAUGACGAUAAGAAGGAAGAAUGCGUUAAAGCAAUAAAAGCUUUCAAAGCAAAGGUUCGUGGUGACAUUAUUGAGAAAAUGGCAGAAGUUACAACGGAUAAGCAACAAGCAAAAUGUAUAAACGAGAAAUUCACGAAGGAAGAUAUGUUUGUCGACAAUAUUAUUAAAGGUGAGGCAUUAGCAUCGGUUGAUGAUAAAGAUAAAUCCGACAAGCUACGUGACAUCGAAAAAUUCGCGGAAGAUUUUAUUACUUCAGCUAUCACGUCUUGCUUAGAGAUCCAGGGAGAGUGAAAUUCGAUCAAAAUUUUAAUGAAUUCUACUUUUAUGAAAUGUUCCACAACCAUAUAUCAUCUGCUAGAAAUUUAUGUAGAUGUCAAUUAUGAGAAUAAAAAUAUUAACAACAAGGUCAUGACCUUAAAAUUUGAUCUUUCAUAU